GACUGUACUUCCUUCUACAACUCCAAAAAAUCGCAGAAAUACAAUGGUCAAUCCAUUCGUAGAGCAACGAAGACGAGUGUCGAUUUCGAGACCCGGAGCGCCUGGUGUCCCUCCUGUGACGCCUACUUCUACAACAACAGUCAGACCUGUACCUCCACUUGAAACAUCAACAACUGAAGUUAGAGCACGUCCUCGACGUGGUCCACCUGAUGAAAUGCGAAGAGAAACGUCCUCUAGCAGGUCCGUUAUAGCUCGUAGAACAAGUGUAGAAGGGCAGGGGGCUCCGGUAUCAUCUCCUCCAGCUACAACCAGCGACCACUCUCGGAAUCUUCACGGACUACUAGGGCAACCUCCUGUAAUAUCUUCUCCAGACGGAACAACAAGCUCCAGGUUCGCAUCCCUUGCUGCUAGUUUUCAUGCGUUACCCCCUCCUCGUCCUGUAACUCCGAUGCGCACCUGGUCGAAGGAGAGCGGGAACCGAAAAUACCUAGAUCAAGAGUUAGUGGAGCGCGACACCCUGUGGGGUACAGCGACGCAAGCUCGUAGUGUCUUCGUUGACUACGUUUGGCACAGUGACGAGCUGAGCUAUGGAAUGAAGCAGAGGUGGGUGAGAACUCUGACUGGCUAUUUCGACCAUGGACGUGGCUUCCUGCCUCACGAACUGACCGUACAUCUAGGUCCUGAUCUUCCUGGCUACUUGGAAGCGGAGAUCUAUCCGGCAUUGAGGGUGUUUGAAUCUAGGCAAAGACAGAAGCGCCGAGAGCUGGAAAGACGAGCUGGUGUUGGAACAAAGACGACGGCUGCUGGGGCACGAGGACCAGUCGUACCGGCGGCCGUUACAACUGCAGCACAAACACAACAAGCGCAGGUUGCGGUCGAACAAGCAGAAGAGGAGCUCGUACCCCUAGUGAUUCGUGCUGUAGAAGUAACCGAAGAGGAUGCUAGCCGUAGACCUGAAGCAGAUUACUACGACGUUUUCUACGUGAAUCGACACAACGUUCUGGGCUGGCCAUCUUUAGCAGAUUCUUUACGUAUGAAAAGAAAAUCUGUUAUCAUUAUCAAGUUUCUUAAGUAGAAAAGUAUGAUAAUGAUAACAUAUUUUGGUUUCAUAUUACGAGAAAAGAUGAUAUUACAAGAAAAAGAACCUACAACUAGUACUUCCAGUGGUACAACUAUGUCUUCAGAGGGACGACCUCCUGCGCAUGCGCUGCGAGAAGAUCAAAGAGCACCACGACGUAAUAGAGACGAUGCAGUACUAGAUCAUCACCAUGAUGAACUUGACCUUUUCACACAAGGUAUCACACGUCUUUUGGACACAUUGCCAUCGCGGAGUCCUAGGAAAGAACAACUCGCAACUGUGUGUAGCAACUAUCCAAGCAAGCAUGACGGCAUCAGUGGAUUUGGUUUUUAUCCGAGGCUUCUUCUCUACCUGAUUACGACUUGCAUUCUCUUUGUUGCCUUGCCAGCGGCACUCUUGGUCUGGUGGGAGCAUCGGAGUGUGCUAGGACAUUGUUGAAGCAUUUCUGGGCUGAUGCUGAGCAUGUGCGUGUAAUAUACUUAUAGCUGCGUGGUCUAUUCCACGACGAAUUAUGUUGAAGAAGUCACUUCUGCAUGUGCGUGUAAUAAACUUAUAACUGCGUGGUCUAUUCCACGACGAACUAUGCUCAACAAGGAGUUACGUCUUCUUCUUCUAUGACUCCAUGACAAGAUUGAUUCUCAGUACUGUAGAACAAACACAAAGCAUCUUCAAGUAGAGCUGAAAAUCUAGAAUCCAAUAUAAUAGCUACAAAUGGAGGCAUCCAUGAUGUUGAGAGACGCACGUUUACGCACGAUGUUGAGCAACGCAUUUAUGAUGUUGGGAGACGGCGCACGCUUACGCACGAUGUUGAGGGGACCAACGCAUUUAUGAGUUGUUCCAAUAAAAA